AACCAUUUACCCGAGCAUGCGUUAAUACAGCAAGGGAAAUAAUUAUCACGAAUGCAACAUUUACAAUAUUUGUUUUGUUUAUGUUUGCAGGGAAUUGUUUUAUUAUUAUUUACAAUGCUGAAUGAAUAAAAGUGGGACCCGGAGUCCCGUUUACACAGGAACAAUACGUUUAGGCGGGUGUCUGAACCCCCCCCACGCAGACGUGUGGAAUGGUUCCGUCCAGAUGGAACCGACUAUUCCCUUUAUUCCUGAAAGCGGUGGUUUUAUUCACAAACCAUGUGUCUGUCGUGUGUUUAUCCACAUUGUUAGGACACAUAGAUGAAUGUGUGUUCAAAGGGAGAGAGGCAGGCUAACGUUGCACUGAGCGGAUCCGCAGAGAAGAAGAUGUCCACGGCUACUGUGAGCGGAGACAUCCGGGACAAGUUCCCCCUCCACUCCGCAGUGUGGGGGAAUGACUACAGGACACUGGAAGAACAGAUAACGUCACCACAGAAUGAAAUCGAGGCCGUGGAUCCCAGAGGUCGGACACCUCUGCACCUGGCUGUGUCGCUCGGGCACCUGGAGUCAGUGAGAGUCCUCCUGAGACACGGUGCUGAAGUGACUAAAGAAAACUGCAUGAAUUGGACAGUGCUGCAGGAGGCAGUCAGCACCGGAGAUCCAGAGAUGGUUCAGUUAGUGCUUCAACGCAGAGACUACCUCAAAGCCUCCACUGCUCUGGGAGGAGUGCCUGCGCUGCUGUCAAAGAUCAGAGAGUCUCCAGACUUCUACAUGGAAAUGAAGUGGGAAUUCACCAGUUGGAUCCCUCUUCUGUCCCGGGUUUGUCCAAGUGAUGUUUGUCGCAUUUGGAAAAGUGGGGCCAGCCUGCGAGUGGAUGCCACUCUUCUUGGCUUUGAAAACAUGACUUGGAUCAGAGGUCGCAGAAGCUACAUCUUCAGAGGAGAUGAUUCGUGUGCAGAGUUGAUGGAGGUGAACCAUGACGAUCAAGUCGUGGAAACUGAACGCUUCAACAUAUCCCAAGAAAUUGAGGAUGUCACGCUAGAGUCAAUGCAGCCGGCUGAGCAGGAAGUUGCCAAACGGUUGACCACUCCUAUUGUCAACACCUACUUGGACACCAAGGACAUUGCUUUUGAGAGGAACAAGUCUGGGGUUUGGGGCUGGAGAGCUGACAAAACAGAAAUGGUCAAUGGAUUUGAAGCAAAGGUUUUCAGCGUGAACAAUGUAAAUGUGGUAAUAAGGACGAGGACCGAGCAUCUUACAGACGAGGAGAAAGCCAGGAUAAAAAGUGAAAGGAACAUCUUGGAGUCUCUGCUUGGGACUGUGGAGCAGCACAUAAGUGCACAAGGGGACCUGACUCUUGAGUAUGCAACUGCCACCAAUCCUACUGCCAUCACUCCAGAGGAAUACUUUGAUCCUGACUUUGACCUGGGGAAUAGAGACAUCGGCCGACCCAUUGAACUGAGCAUUCGAACACAGAAGUUCAAAGGUACAUUGUGGAUGAGCGAGGAACAUCCGCUGUCUCUGGUGGAACAGGUGACCCCCAUUAUUGACCUCAUGGCUCGGACCAGUUCCCAUUUUGCACGUCUACGAGACUUUGUAACCCUGAAGUUUCCUCCUGGUUUUCCUGUUAAAAUAGAGAUUCCCCUGUUUCAUGUGCUGAAUGCCAGAAUUACAUUUGAUAAUGUCAAUAAAUGCAGUACUGAGGAGGAGGCGCCGACAACACCAGCAGCCACACCAACAUCCUCCGGAGAAGAGGAAGAAGCUGCAGCACUGCCUCCGUUUCAGGUCUGUCCUUCAGUGUUUGAGGUGCCCGUCAGUUACCACCGCAGAGGAGGCAGCCGACACACGCCCAUGUCUAACAACGACGAGGAGCUUUUGCAGUACGCCAUCCAUCAGAGCCUCCUGGAGACUCGCACCGCGCCGGGCCAGGAGGGGAUUUUGGAUGAUGCUGAUGGGGAAUUCACCGAUGUAAUGCCCAGUAGCCAGAGUGACAGGAGUAUCCCAGAGGGGGUGCUAGUGGAAUUUGGAGACACCCCCAGCCCUGUCAGCUCCCCCUCCGCCUCAAGCCCCGACUCAGAGCUUCGCCUGGCCAUGGAGCUCUCUGCUCGGGCUCAAGAGGAAGAGGAUAGGAUGAGGAAGCAGGAGGAAGAGGAGCUGGAGAUGAUCUUGCAGCUAUCACUCACUGAGAAGUAAAAUGAAUAAGAGGGAAUAAUAAUGCAACUUUUCCAGAUCCAGAAGAAACCACCACACCUCAAUUUUCCUUCCUAACCACUGUAGUCAUCUAUGCAAUUGCCGGUUUCUUCCUGUAGCAGAUCAUUGUUGCACAGGCAAUAUCAGACUCUAGCUAUCCGAUAUUUUCCACACGGUAUUUUUGGUAAGAGCAUUCUCCUUUAUAAAUUUAUAUCUCAGAUUAGUGUGUCUCCAUCCUCAAGCUUAAUUCAUGGACUCUUUAAAAUCAUUUUGGGUUUCUUUUUUUAUUAAUUUACUAUUCAAAUCGCAGUCACAGCAGCAUCCCACGUCUGUUGAUCACAGUGUUGUCCAGAGUGGGGCCAAAUCAGUGUAAUUAUGGUUCUAUGAACAAAAUGACAACUCGAGGUGACUUCAUGUUCUGACACUCAAAUGUGGCACUAAAGGUCCAGAGCACUGUUGGUUUCUUUUUGUUGUUUUUUUUAAUCUGUUGCAUCACUCCCUGGUGUUUAGAUGGCAAGAAGCAAAAACGGUCUAGUACAAUAAAAAGGUAAUAGUACUGUGGACAUAAGAGACAGAUUUGAGUGUUUUCACUGUGAGGUCGUCCUACAGAGUCACUUUGUUGAGGACAGUGAGCUCACUGCAUAACGUAAAUCUCAGGGUUCCAAUUUUACACAUUUUCCCUUCACUUUGGAAUUAGUUUGUAAAUGUUCCAAAAAUGUUUUCUUGGUGCAAAAUGGUAUCCUUCAUGUACAUCCACCAUAUCAAUAUUAAUUCAAAAAGCUGAGUUUAUUGAGUCAAAGGUUCAUAAGUAAAUGCAUUUUCUUGUAUGAAUGUACACUCUACAGAUGGGUAAACGGUAGUAUGCUGCUGUGAGAGAAACUUAAUCAGCUGCAUGGUAACGUUAUAUCUUCGCUGCAACAAGGAUGAGGGUUUAUCUUUCCCGGACAGAUUUUUAUUGAACAUUUUCUCAGAAUUCAUUGUGGAAAAAAAUAACAUAUUUUUGUUAACCGUCACUGAGCAACUGCACCUCAGUUCAAAAACUCAAUGGCAGAGAACUGUCUGUGGACUUAUAGUUGUCAUGCAGUUUAAAAAGCAGUCACGCAACCAAUGCUGCAGAGAUUAUUCAUUUUUCAGAAGCAGUCUAUGCCACAAACAACUCUUGACCUCUGAGCAGAAAAGACAGCACAGACUCUUAAGGUCAAGCAUGUCCACCAUAUGUAGGAUUAGUUUCUUCAGCAUGUGCCAAGGGAAAAACGCUUGGUGGAGGCAAGAGGUGGUGACGAUUUUAUGUGGUGCCACUAAACUUUUGAACAGAUUUUCUUUUUUAAAUUUUGUAACUUAAAAACAAGAUGAAGAGAUUCCAGUUACACCAGGGUGAUGCUGAGUGACAUGCAUUAACCACUAUAGUUGCUUUCACUGACAACCAACCACUUAUCAAAGGUCUCUCUGUGGAGCUGCGUCUGACAUUCAGGGGCUGCAGCUGAAUGACUAAUUAUUACAUAACGCUCAAGUUUCCAAACUGCUGAACAGUCGACUUUAAAAAAGGCUAGCUUGGGUUAAUUAAAUGCAGGUCUUAGUAAUGCACCGUUCCAGCUGCAAAGUUGUUUUUUUUAAUAUGUUUAAAUUUUAACAAAUUGUUCAAAAUGUUCUAAAAUAAAAGCACUUUAUUUCCA